AUGAAGAAGAUGAUGGGCUACCCAGAAUCCUUCACAUCCAGAUACCCUGUUGUCCUCUUUCUCCAGCUGCUCACACUGGGCUCAGCUGAAUUUUCUGUGAUUGGACCUGCCGAGCCUGUCCUGGCCCUGGAGGGGGAAGAUGUUGAGUUACCCUGUCACCUAGAUCCCAAGUUGAAUGCUGAACCCAUGGAGGGGAGGUGGUUCCGAUUCCAUUUCUCUAACAUCGUGCACCUGUACAUGGACGGAGAGGAUCUGCUUGACGAGCAGAUGGAAGAGUAUCGGGGGAGGACGGAGUUGGUGAGAGCAGCCAUGGAUUAUGGAAGUGUGGCUGUGAGAAUUUUCAACGUCAGAAUCUCCGAUGAGGGAAAGUAUAUCUGCUCCUUCUCUGAUGGGCAAGAACGUGAAGAAGCCAUGCUGGAGCUGCAGGUGGUUGCUCCCCUCUUUCCGACGGCUUUGUCCUUGACAGUGGCCCUGGGUGUGACCCUUCCUCUGCUGGGACUGCUCAUCCCUGUGGGCCUUUAUCUCAUUUGGAAACUGCACAAGUAUAAAGGGAUAUACGUAAAGGAAUGA